CAUCAGACCUAUACAUAUAUCAUCAAACUUCCUCUCGUUCUCUCCACCAAACUCAUUCUCUUCUUAUACUUUACAAUUACAUACAUUAAAUAUCAACUUGUGUGCACAAAAAAAAAAUAUAUCAACAAUAUGAGAACGAUGGUGGACUUGGGAAGAGAAAGAAGCAGCCAUCUACGAGUCAUUAACUCUCCGACGAACGUUGACUGUGCCCGUGAAGUCCGUCUCCGACGAACCCUACGUUCACUCAUCGAGUGCUUAAUCCCAUACUGUUGCACUCACCAAUCUUCUCCCCACGUCCAAAACGACACCGUCUCUUCCUACGACAAAACAAGUAACGUCGUUACUGGGACAUUCUUUGGUCACCGUCAUGGACACGUCAGCUUCUGCCUACAAGACGACACUCACCCGUUGCCUCUCCUCCUCUUGGAGCUAGCCGUUCCCACGGCGGCUCUAGCUCGGGAGAUGGAGGAGGGCUUUCUCCGUAUCGCUCUCCGGAGCAAAAGCAACCGAAGGGAUAAUAAUAUUUUAGACGUGACGGUUUGGUCUAUGUACUGCAACGGAAGGAAAGUUGGGUUCGCCGUGAAGAGAGAGAUGACUGAAAACGACGUCGUGUUUCUUCGGAUGAUGAAGUCUGUUUCCGUUGGCGCAGGGGUGGUUCCAGACGGCGAUACGUUGUAUUUGAGGGCCAAGUUUGAGAGAGUCACGGGGUCGAGUGACUCGGAAGCGUUUCAUAUGGUGAACACAGAGGGUAGCUAUGGACAGGAGCUUAGCAUCUUUCUUUUGAGAUCGUGAUAUACUUGUGGUUUAUGUAAAAGUACCUAGUUAUGAUGUUAUUUUAAUGUUUGGUUUGUGUAUAUUUUAAAUCGUGAUAUGUUACAAAUACUGUUUACUGAUGUU